GCGUGCCUCAUAAGCGGCUUUGACGUUGCGCUCUGAUGGUAAACUCACGUGUAAAUUUAUGCACGAUCACGCCCGUUCCCAAGCCUUCGUAUUGGUCGUUGUCAGUAGCGAGUAGCGUUCAGCUCCAGCGCGAUCACUUCGACAGGCAGCUAUUCAGUCUGUCGCUAGCCUGCGUACUGAAAGACGCGAACUAUAUGCUAUGGGGGUGUCUUCAGCGUUCUAGAAAGCAGUGACCAUUACUGAUGGAUAUGUACACGCAGUAACAGUAUUCUGUAGAAGCUUCUCAAACAGGAGUCCAGUAUUAGUCGUCUGUGUCGAUGUUCUGGAGCUGUUCAACGAACAGAACGCUGUCGAUGACAACAGAGCUUCUCCGUUCAUAUCAGAAAUAAUUCCUGAUCGUACUCGUGUAUUGUACCGGAGUUGGAGGCAGUGUCCAGCCUAUGUCUAACCUCUAUGUGAUGGUGACAAGGUGACGAGAGCUUAGGAGUAAGUCGACCAUGGUAUCCCUCUCAUUUCAAACAGUCGGAAUGGACACCUUACUGAGGAUUUUACUGUUAUCAUUCAACGUGUGGCUGUCAUUAGCUUACCACUGCACUUUCCCGGUAGAGUGGCGAGGCACUUGGUACCAGAGCGGCGUGGCUCAAGGCAAGCUGCAGAUUACCAAACACAGCAUCUCGCAACGAGGCCAUUGCGUCAAUAGUGUCGGCACUAAAUAUCUACUUUUGGAUAAAUCCAAGGAGUGUUUUGUCUGCCUCGUAUUCACACCUCAACAUGACAACCUUCUACAGUUUAAAGAAAGUUAUUGUACCAGGGACGAAAAGCUAUCCAACGUCUGUGGCAGAAUCACCGGGGACGACAUUCUUCACACCAUUGUAAAAGUUCCGAGUGUCCCCGUGCCCUGCCCCUUCCAGGGCCCCUACUCAUUCUCCUACAACAACCAAACCAAUAGGGACUGCGACAGCCCUUCUUCGGAAAUCCAAGAAUGCGCAGACAGUUCAAAGUUCAUCUUCAAGUAUAAGCGGUGCCAGCAUACCCCGGAAACCCGCGAUCAAGACAUGCAGUUCCAGUGCCUCGCGACAUGGUUCAACGGCGAUUUCUUUCUGUAUGGAAUGUUUACCGGUUCUGGCUUAACGGAACAGACACAGAUGUACCGUUGCUUUAUGUACAGUUUCUAUGGGUCACAGGGUCAAAUGGCGAUGUCGGCCGACCCCACCUGUCAGGGAAUACAGAGCCCAAGGACAGGCUAUCUGACCAUGUCUCUGUCCCGUGCUGUUAAAUGGACACCACCCUCCUGUUCUUAUAACGAGUUUCUGUCGGGACCCCGGGAAUGGCGGGAUAUUGCCGGCAAAUUCCGGUUUGUUCUGGACGAAGAUAUUGAGCAGUUCCGUAUCUUCAGUGUCGGUACACGAAGAGGUGACAAUUCGGCGCUGGUGUCGGUGAGAUGUAUGGGGGUCGUGGAGGAAAUACCUGACAUCAGUGACAACACGGCAACGUGGCCAAGCCAGACGUACAGCAAGGAUUUUAUUACCUACACUACAAAUGAUUCAUGCGUGUCCAGGUACCAGUGUUUGAGGCUGAAGAAGAGGGGGCCGGCAGUGGUGGAACUGAUGCUCGGCACGCCCGUGAAUGACCAGGAUCGAGCAUGUAACGAAUGGAGCUUCGACAACGUCCACAAAUAUGUGAUACUUCCCAUGGAAUCGCGAGUUGUGCCAUGUCCACUUCCUGGCAGUUAUUCCUACGUGGACAAGAUGUCCAACUGUCGAGGAGAGAUCGAGAUAGGAUGCUCGGACUCAACGAUAAUGGCCAUCAAGGCUUCCUGUCCAUCUGGACAUCAUACAGUGGAGCUCUUCCAGUGCAACCAGAACUGGACGGAACAUCCCACGGGUGCCCAGUACAUUAUAACCAGCAAGCCGGGCGACACUGUCCAGAAGGUGUCCGACUGUCUGGUGUACAAGGAGAGCAUAGACGGGUUCGAGCUGGUUGCGGAGGAGGAGUGUGGAGGGGGAAAUCUUCGGAUGAUGAAGAAGCCAAUCGGCGUCAUUAUACAGCCUUCUCGACAAGCCUGUAAAACUACAGACCGCCGGGUCCAACCCCAGCCAAGUACGAACCCUCACACCAGGGCUGAGGGAGAAGGCCACACCCAUGACGUGAGAGGGGGUCGAGACAACAGAGGAUAUAGUGGCAAUAACCAUAAUACUAUCCCCAAGGUGGAUAAGAAAGACAUAACUAUCAUAAACACAGCCAACAGGCGGACCUGUUCUCAAUGUAUAGCCCUGCUCUGUGUGUUAGUGACACUGCUGUCAUCGCUAAGGUGACAUGACCGUCAAGUACCAUGACAUCAUGACAUCAUGACAUUGUGCUCAAGAGGCCCUCCAAGGCUCCUACCCGGGGUUCUGGCUGGGUGAUCGUUGUCUGUUUCAACAUUCCUAUCGAGCGAACAGAUAUGUGAUAUUAUCCUUUUUUAUUCAUGUCAUAAAGAAUUUACGUAACCGGGCACUGGCAAUCCCACAACGAAAGGAGUGAUUCCAUAUCUGGACGCUGCUCAAACGUUGCGCGACCUUCCAUGGAUCGAGGCGUGCUUUUGUGAAAGGCUACAAACUCUGUCCUGUUGGAAUCACGACAAAAUAGACACAAGUGCAGUCUGAAGCAACUACCCAAAUGCUUUAUGAUGUGUGUGAGAAAGAAGUCUGCAUUGGAUUUCAAUGAGCAAACAUUCAUUAUGGCUAACGUCAUAACGUCUUAAAUAACGUCAUAGUACUGACGUGGUUUCCAGUACUAAAGUACAGAUGAGUAUUUCUACGAGAAUGAAAGUUGCUGUGUUGGGCGAUCGCCAUAUUGGCUAUAGUUAUGUUUAAGAGGACCUUUGUGCAGAACUGUAUCAUAAUAUUACCCAGACAAUAACUAGCCCAGGGGACUACCGAGCCAAUCUUGGUGCGCAUGCGCCGGGUGUAAAUGACGUCACGUGUUUCCGCUUCUCAUUCACCCCGCACGCGCAUUCGGUUCAUGGAAACUGUUUUCACAAAUGGCAAGUUGGUGUUGAGUAUUUCUUCGUUAAAGCUGUUUGUCCACGCAGAGGAUUCGUUUUAGCACGCUGCUACAAAAAAACUGCAUUCUAUUCUGAGAGAAACGGUCAUAUUCCCAGACGAUCCAAGUGCUCUUUCAUCAUCAUCAUCAUCACCAUCACCAAAAUCAUCCUCAUCAUCACCAUCAUCUUUAUCAUGACGUCGUUUCAAGAUGACAGUUUCAUUAUGACGGCUAUGUGCGAGCUGAGAUCAUAUGAUAUGCGAGUUGAGAUCAUAUGAUAUCGAGACUGUUUCGUGUUUGUCUUGCAGAGAAAUAGUGUAUAGAUCUGGAUAUCACAGCUGUUCCCACAGUGUACGUGUUUCCAAAGACGUUGUUAAUGGUUGAAUAUUUAUUUGUUAUAGUUACAUGUAUUUUUUUCAAAAGAGUAUUCACAGUGAUGGAUACUAAAACACUUGCUAUGUAUACGAAUGACUAACGAGAUUCGGUGUUUUGAAUGAAUGGAUAUCAACUAUUUUGCUAUGUAUACACUCAGCCAAAUUAGGAUUAACAUACGAACAUACAAUCAUUUGUUUCCUGCGCCGCGGCGCUAUUUUCUUGUAUAUCACUCCGCGACAGAGCCUAUUAUGGAGUAGAGCAGUGAUUAGUCACUUCCUACAAUCGUCCGAGUUGCGCAUGUUUCACCCGGGCUCCACAUGGAUCCUACCUGGAUCCAUCUCGGCUCCACUCCCGGGCGAUAACGACACUGUGAACGUGCCUUCCCCCAUUUCAUGAGCUAUAAAUCGUGUGUCCGUGCGUCCGACCUUCACCUUGAACAACGGGGCCUGACCUAGGUCAGAUAAUUCAUUUUAUAUCUUCGAUAUCAUGUCUAAUAUAAGGGCACAGGGUUUCGGCUUAACCAAAGCAAAUUGCAUUAAUCUCCAUUGUGGCCAUGUUUUUUUGUGGAUAUUCAUCGAUUUUGUCAUUUUGGUUAUUAUUUAUAUUGACCACAUGUUUAUAUGACGUCAUAUUCAGUGAUUUAGUAAUUAACUUGUUUGCAAUGAAAUCGGUUCUUUAUAUGAUUUACUAUGUAUUUUAAGCGACGUGUUUGAUCUGCAAGAUGAAAACAUUACUAAACAACAAUGAAAUUUAUAUAUUUCCUUGCAAUUCUGUAUUAUUUUAAGGCCGACAUUCUGAAAAAAUCUAGUUCAUAUUACUUAUACUUUUAAAAGGGACCUUUUGAUAAUUAGAAAUAUUGUUAAAUUCUAUCAAAAAAAUAUACUGAAACAAACAUAUCUGUCUAUUUCUGCCACGUUCAAAAUUAUUCAACCAAUCUGUUUUUAUCGGGUCACACUCUAUUAAUGUCAGCCUUUAUGUCGUUCUCUACCUGGAUUCCCUCCCUUUGGUGAAGGUCAUCCAGUGUAGGGGCAGACAACUCUUGUGUAGGUGUUUGGUUCCGUGGCCCUUGUCUGUCGGUUGUGCUUUACUGGUUCGAACCUGGCAGUGUAUACACACACGUGAUUUGAUGCUGUACGUACAAAUUAUGUACACAGAGUUUAUAAUCAGCUGUAAGAUACAGGAUCAGUUUUGUAAAAUCAUGGACGAAAUUAUGUACAGUGGAUGUAUAAAGUAUAUCUCGCAAUAAAAUAUGUAUAAAAUAUGA